AAAAAAAGUCCAUUUAAUUUUUUGGUAUAAUCAUUGUGUAAAGAAGGCAUAAUAAUGGGGAUGAAUGUAUUACUGUUUACUCUAGUGUUUCUAGGAGGAAUAAGUCUAACUGACACAAAACGCAAAGAUGACACUGAGCUUUUACAAAGACUAAUAAAUUUACUCGCUGAUAAAAACGGGAAAGAUAACCAAAGAAGUAAUAUCGAAAAGAAGUUGGCCGCAAAUGACAAUGAUAGAAUAGGACACCAAAGGAAUGGAGCCGUUCGAAACAGUUUUAAAACAAAACAAACUUCCGAAGAGAAAAGUCAACGUGGGUAUUAUGUAAAAUUUCCACAGCAUCAGUUAAAGGAUGCAGAAAACGAUGAACUUUACAGGGCCAUAGAUGCUUUUAUUCAAGCUAAACGAGCUAAAGUUUGGCAACGAUGGCUUCAACAUGGUGGAUACAAAGGUUCAAGUACAACAGUAAGACCAGCUCCAACCACACCCCCAGCAACACCUGCUCCAGCUAGACCUAGAUGGUGUAGAUGGUGGUUCUGGUGGCGAAGAUGUUAAUCGAAAUAUAAUCUCUAUAAUACCUCCUAAAAUAUUCCACAACCUAUUUGAAAAGAAACCUCACAUUUUGGGUUACGGGAUGAACAAGGUAUACAAUGAACACAUACA